AACAUGGAGGGACGUGGAGGAGGUGCUGCGUUAAUAUCGGCGGAAGGCCGGGCCCGCAGCUUUUCUCCAUCCCGUCUCUACCGCUCGCUCGUAUUUAUGCAUUAGGCGUUUCUGCAGUGAGACGCUGGAUAUUGAUGUGUUUUAAGGAGGUGUCCCCAGUCUCCUCCACCCCUCCCUCCCACCUUCUCCCUCUCUCUCUCUCUCUCCCCCUCCUCCCUGCCUCCUCCGUGCUGCUGAUCCGCGGGGUCUCGGUGCGCUCAGACGCGCUCGGCGUUCAGUCUCGUAAGGACCCCGAUGGCCCCCAACCAGAGGGACUGCGCUAACCAGACGACCAGCCCCGGCUUCAAGCUCCCCUAGCGAAGGCAGGACCCCGAGAGCCUGCUCCUGGAAUACCGCAUUGUUUUAUAAUUUCCACCAAGAGAGAAAGGUGAUGAUGCGCCCGCGAUGGUGGAUUUCCCUUUUGUGCGUCUGUGGAUUGAUGCACGUCGGUCACCAGAGCAACCUUAAUGCCCCAAAUGGAGACGCCUUGUCGAGCUUGAAGGCUCUUCGUGAUGCAGGCAGGUUUGUCGGGAAGGAGGACACGGUGCCUCUCCGCCUGCUCUACAGCAGGCACAACCACAGCCAGAUCACAGAGGAUGAGCUCAGCACCAGGGUUAAAGCCAGCUCCGGCUCUGCACAGGUGAACCAUGUGGCCCAAGCAAGCUUUCAAGUCGACGCUUUUGGCAGAAAAUUCAUCUUGGAUGUGGAACUGAAUCAUGAUUUACUGUCUUCAGGGUACGUGGAGAGGCAUUUGUCAGAAAAAGGGAGGACUGUCGUCACCAAUGGAGGAGAGCACUGCUACUAUCAGGGGAAGGUCAGAGACAUUCCUCACUCAUUUGUGGCUCUCUCGACCUGUCAUGGAUUGCAUGGGAUGUUUUUCGAUGGCAAUCACACCUACAUGAUUGAACCUGGAGGACAAGGCAGCAGCGAUGUAAGCACUCUACACAACAAUGGAGAUGUCCGCAUUCACAUGAUCUAUAAAUCUGCAGGGCAAGAGGGAUUAAAUGAUCUCCUCAGUGGUGAUCUUCCAGAGCCGCCUUUUCCCAGCCCUCCCUUUCCCGGCUCAAAAGUUGUUCACAGGAGAAAAAAGAGACAGGCUCCACAUGUGUCACGAAGUGUAGAGGAUGAGACCAAAUACAUUGAGUUGAUGGUGAUCAAUGACCAUCUAAUGUAUAAGAAGCAUCGGCUUUCCGUUGGGCACACGAAUAACUAUGCUAAGUCAGUGGUCAAUAUGGCUGACAUGAUUUUCAAGGAACAGCUUAAUACUCGGAUUGUGCUAGUUGCCAUGGAAACGUGGUCUGCUGACAACAAGUUCAACAUCGACGAUGACCCCAUGGUGACACUGAGGGAGUUCAUGAAGUAUCGAAAAGACUUCAUCAAGGAGAAAUGCGAUUCUGUUCACCUCUUCUCAGGGAAUCGUUUUCACAGCAGCUGGGGAGGAGCUUCCUAUAUGGGAGGAGUUUGCUCCCUGACUAAAGGAGGGGGAGUCAAUGAGUACGGGAAAACAGAUGAGAUGGCCAUAACCCUCGCUCAGUCUCUUGGACAGAACAUUGGCAUCUUCUCUGACAAGAAGAGGAUCCUUAAUGGCGAGUGCAAGUGUGAUGAUCGUUGGUCGGGCUGCAUCAUGGAUGAUGUUGGUUUCUACCUGCCCAAGAGGUUCUCCGACUGCAAUGUGGAGGAGUACCAUAACUUUCUAAACAGUGGUGGAGGAGCCUGUCUAUUCAACAAACCUCUGAAGCUGUUGGACCCUCCGGUGUGUGGAAAUGGCUUCGUGGAGCCAGGAGAGGAGUGUGACUGUGGCAGCCCAGUGGAGUGUGCCAGAGAGGGGGAGGCCUGCUGUAACAAGUGCACCCUGACCCAAGGCUCCAAGUGUAGCGACGGACUCUGCUGUAACAACUGCCAGAUGGAGUUCAUGGGAGUCGUGUGCAGAGAUGCAGUCAAUGACUGUGACAUCCCAGAAAACUGCACAGGCAACUCCAGCCAGUGUCCACCAAAUGUGCACAAAAUGGAUGGCUACACGUGUGAAAAGGAUCAGGGUCGCUGCUUCAAUGGAAGGUGCAAAACCAAAGACAGACAGUGCAAGUACAUUUGGGGAGAGAAGGCAACAGCGGCCGACAAGUUCUGUUACGAGAAGUUAAACAUUGAAGGGACAGAGAAAGGCAACUGUGGGAAGGACAAGGACACCUGGAUCCAGUGUAACAAACAGGAUGUUCAUUGUGGGUACUUGCUGUGCUCCAACAUCUCACCUGCCCCGCGACUGGGAGAGCUGCAGGGAGGGCUGAGCUCUUUCUCAGUAGCCCGGCACAGUGCGUCUCUUGACUGCAGUGGUGCUCAUGUGCUGAUCGAUGGAGACACUGACCUGGGAUACGUUGAGGAUGGGACGGCCUGUGGGACAGACCGCAUCUGUUUCAAUCACAAAUGUCUCCCCAUUCAACAGUUCAACUUCAGCACCUGCCCCGGGACCACCGACAAGACUGUCUGCUCUGGACACGGGGUGUGCAGUAGUGAACUGAAGUGUGUGUGUUACCUGGGCUGGGCAGGAGAGGACUGUAACUCCACGUCUCCUCUCAGUUAUCUUGUGGUGGGACCCACUGCCUCAGUUUCAGGUAUCACCAGUACCAACAUCAUCAUCGGGGCCAUCGUAGGCUCCAUACUCUUCCUCGCCCUCAUACUGGCUGUUACAGCCUUGUGUUACAAGAGCUACAAGCAGAGAUGCUACGCUGAGUCUGAGGUUCACCGAAGAUUCUGCCGGCAAAUGCCCCCAGGUGACUAUGUAACAAAGCCUGGGGAUGCAGAUUCAUUUUACAGUGACAUGCCUCCGGGUGUCAGCACAAACUCCGGCUGCAGCUCCAAGAAGAGGUCAGCCUGCCUGUCGCACCUGCAGAUUUGCACCCUGUCCUUCACUCCCUCCAUCCCAUCCAUUUCUCAGAACAUCUCACUGUUUGGCUUCAGAUCUAACGGCCUAUCACACUCAUGGAGUGAGAGAAUCCCAGAUGCCAAACACAUCUCUGACAUCUGUGAAAAUGGGCGACCGAGGAGCAACUCAUGGCAAGGAAAUCUGAGUGGUAAUCGUAAGAAACUGAAAGGAAAGAAGUUCCGUGCUCGCUCUAACUCCACAGAGACGCUAUCCCCUGCCAAGUCUCCCACUUCCUCUACAGGAUCUAUUGCAUCCAGCAGGAGAUACCCGUACCCCAUGCCCCCUCUCCCCGAUGACCAGAGGAAAGCCAACAGGCAGAGUGCCAGGCUGUGGGAGACUUCAAUAUAACUGCAAUCUUGCCCACUCUGCAAAAGACCUUAAGGAGCUAUAUUUGUCUCUCCUUUUCUAUGAAUGAAGAACACAUAAAUGAAACAAAAUUGACUCUAAACGAUACAAGAGAAAGAGAGCGAGCCCCCCACUGGAGUUGAAAUAGGCAAAGGUAUGUGUGAGUAAGUGUGUACAAGCAUCGCUGAAGCUAUCUUGCCAGACGGCAUCAUUCAGUGGAUCUCUACAAGGCGAUGCGGAGUGCCGGAGGAGAAACCAGCUCCACAUCCACUCCAGACCAGCUGGAGCUCAGACUGAGCUGUUCCUGUCUGCUCAGGCCUCACCUAUGGGACUGGAAACCCCAACACUCCAACCCUCCCUACCUGUCCUAAAACUUCAAACCUCGACACGUCCUCCUUAGCUCUGCUCUCGCCAUACUCACUUCAACCCCCCUCCCAGUUGUUUGGAGCUCCUCUCUAAAGGAGCAGUGGAGCCAGGAGCAUCGUAUCACACUGCAUCGCUGGAUUUGUUGGAUCAUUUUGACGCACGUGAAUCACUGUAGAAACUCCAACACUGUAUGCAUGAGACAACCCUGUUUAUCAGCAACCUCCUCCUACUGAGAAGACGAGAACAGUUGUCUGAUCUGAAAGGAAAGCAUGCGAGGGGGCAAUGAUUUUAUACCUUCUGUAGGCUUAGACACUUUCUCUCCACUAUAGGUAACUCAUAUUGUAUCACCAGUUAUAGCCCAUAACCCAUGACACAGACCCAACCUGACCCCACCCAGCUCCUCCUCCCCUCGGUUUGUUUGUGCGUGUGUAAAUAUGUACAGUAAAAUACACACAGAGUAUGUUUGUGCUUUUAUUUUGAAAGAGAGCGACGUCUCUUCUCUCCUCUGCCUGUUGUGUUGUGUGUUGUAGACAGAAGCGGAUUUCUGUAGAUAAGUGUAGAGACCCUGCACUCGUUCUUCUGUGUUUCCGGCCUCAUUUUUUUUCCUCCCUCUGGCUUUUUUCCUGUGUGACUGUGAUCUAUAUAGCUUUCUCCAUCCACAGCAGAAUGUAAAAGUGUUUUUAUAUGAUCUUGGCACUGGUUUCAUCCACCUCUGGGAGAAAUGCACAGACAUCCAGUAAUGACUGAGGAAGUAUUGAUAAAGAUGUUGAUUGUGGUGCAUGAAGAAUGUUGCUGACGCGGCUGUUGAUGAGUGUUAUUUAGGAAAAUUUAAUAGUUUAAUGUCCCAUUCCCGAGUGAAAUGAAUGGGAUGUGUUUAGUGUAGUUAUAGAGGUGCCACUUUUUACUCAUGUGGUUUUUGGAAAUUUCCCAUUGAUAAUAUUAAGAUGUAUUUAGUUUCCCCUGAUUCUACAUUUCGAUGUUUGAGACCAGUGUGCUCCCGUUUUUACAAUGGCAGCACACAAAGUCGCUCAGAUCAAUGUGAGAAUAAGUCUAUAACGCGAAUGUGGUUGAUGACCUAACUGGGUGAGGAAUCUGGAAACUGUGAUUGAUUUUGGAUUUAGCUGUGAAUGAGAUAUUUAGCCUUGUAAAUGAUUAACUAUGCUGUACAGUGCUUGCUGUUUGAGCUUGUGAAGACCAACAGCAUGACAGUUCUAUAUCAAAUUAAGUUAUUUCUCUGGUAGGCUAUUUGUGAGACCUUAACGGGAAACGAGCAUGUCACUGAAACACUCCCCCCCCCAAUGCCUAUUUGCUGUUGUCUAAAUGGGUUUGUGUACCACAGACUACACUGUUUGUCAGCAAAGUCAGGACAAUUCAUGGCAAGAAUUCACAGGGUUAAAAAAUUAUUGAGAGUGGAGUUUUUGUGCUUUGACUGAUGCCAGUGUAGCUAUUUAAGGUGGGUUUUCUGGAACCUAAUCCCAUAUCGCUCCCCAAAAGCAAGUUCUCUGUACAGUUACAACUCAUUGCUCUACCUUGUGUAGAAAUUGUUGUCUUACAGCCUCCUCUUUGUCAUUUUACUGUUGUUUAGUUUUUGUUCCAGUGUGGACACUUGUUCAUUUGUAAUUCAUGUAUGCAUUAGGACUGUAUAGGUAAUAUGAUCUUCACAAUAUUGGACUAAUAUUGCUACUAGUAUCUUUUUUAUUAAGUACCUUUGUAAUGUUCACUUUUUUCUCAGCAUUAUGUACAGCAACGAUUCAAACCGUAAUUAAGUGCAUUAUUGUAAUUAUGUGUGUUGAUGAGUUUGAAUGGGAGGCUUUUUUUUUUUUUUUUAAACACAUUUGUCCCAGGGCCAAUAGAAGCAGUCGUCCCUCUGGCAUGUGCUAAUCUGUAUCAUAUAAGGUUUGGACAAACAUAAUGUUGUAAAUGAGAUCUGUAUGGGCUCAUGAUUUGCCUUCCGCCAGAGCUUUCUUCUUUGCUCUGGUCUUCUUAAAGUAUUGGUCAGCAUCUAGUGACCUAGCCAUCUUCCUGGGCUAUGGAGAGCAUUAUCUCAGAGAUCUUGAGUAAUACUUUUAACAUCAUAAUACUGUGCUACAGCAAGACAUUUGUCCUGGUGUCAUGGACAUUGCACUGUACUACAUUCUGAGGACUCUCCGCUAAGGAUGGGACCAUGCAGGCUGCAGUGAUUUCUGAUUGUACAGCUGUCAAUCUUCCAAACAUAUCUGCUGAAUCUGCCUGCACACACGGUUGGACUGACAGAUCCUUGCAGGACGACUCUGGCGAAAACGACCCCACAGAUGAGCGGUCUGUCUCUGUCUGGCCAGAGACUUGAAUGUAUUCGUGUACUGGAGCACAACAACCACCCAGUCUCUCAACCAUGUGGUCCCAUCCAGCCAGACACAUCAGCACUCUGCUGCAGGAACCUUGAAAAUCCCACAUGUGCUAGUUCAAAUAUAAGUACUGCAGUUGCUCUUUUUUAUUUUAAAUUUUGCCUGUAUGCUGUACAGACUGAUGCAAAAAUCAAUCCUCAUAUUAUUUUCCCCCUCUUAAUCAUUCAGUAUUGUAAUAUAUUUAAUAUAAAAUAAAACUUUCAUCAACA